CAAUACCCCACGACAAGUCCACCUCGCAACGUUUGCAAGUCAUCCUACUCUUCUAACUAUCAUUCUUGUUAAAACGUCUGAAGAAAUCCUUCAGUUAUCGUCGGUACAUAUUGUUGGGUAUUCUUGUAACCUUCUUCAGAUGAACAAAACCCCUUUCAUACCUCAUGAAUAUGAAUGAGAUUGGGAUAAUCACGUGGUUGGAGUAAAUGUCUAAUGGACGAUAUAGUUUGUAUACUACUGUUUGGUUUCAUCGUGCUUAUGUUCGAGAAACGGAAAUUUGAAAUCAACAGAGAAAGAGAGAGAUACUAUCUUAAAAUGUAAUGCUAUCGUAAAAAAUACUUCUCAUACGGAAAAAAAAUACCACAUGUGAGUUUUGUAGCAGAAAAGGAGUAGACUUGAUCUGAAAUGUUUGGAUUUUAUCACAAGUUGGAGUUACGAUAUCUGACAAAAACUAGCAUUUAUAUUAUUAAGCACAUUAAAAGAUAGACAGAAUGCUGAAAGUGAAUUUGACGGAAGUUGUUUAUGUGAUAUAGUAGUUGUGUUUUAUUCGUCCUAUUUGCUGUCUGUCUAUCCAACAUGUCGGUAUAUUGUAUAUGCGUGCUGGUGUAUAUUUAUUUUGUAUCUGUGAUAGCUAGCGGAUUAAUCACCUCAUCGGGAAUUGAUUUAUCCGGAGUUGACGGAAAGCAAAAUCCUUCGGAGAUGGCAAUGAGUUUGUUCCGAUCUUUACGUGCCUCAACAUGUAAAGAAGACUGUAGCUCAGUUAAAUUCAGACCUGUUUGUGGUACAGAUGGCCUCACGUAUAAUUCUAGAUGUGAACUGAAAAAAGCCAAAAAAUGUGAUGGACGAAAGGUGAAAGUUCGGAAGAAAGGCGCUUGUGAUGGAGAUACAGGAGGAUCAAAAUGUUUACGUGAAAAGGAAGAAGCUCGGGCAGCCAUUGAACGGAAGAAGAAUGAAGUAUUUGAACCCGCUUGUAAUGAAGAUGGCACAUUUGCAGAAGUUCAAUGUCAUUCUGAAACCGGUUACUGUUGGUGUUUUACUAAAGAUGGGCGGCACGUCCCCGGUACUUCUGUUAGUGGCAAACGACCAAGAUGCCGUGGUAAAAGACGAAAAAGAAAGCAAAAGGGGAGAUCUCGGAAAAGAAAAGCCUGUAAUAGAACAGAUCGUCAAUCUUUUAAUAGUGAUCUAGUUCGUGUUUUUAGUGAUGAAUACAAAAGAUGGAUGACAGCUCAACCAACAACAUUGUCAAGUAAAGCAGCGGAAAAAGUGGACGAUAUAGAAAGACAGAGAAAAAUAGUGGAUUGGAAAUUUUCAGAAUUAGACAGAGACAAUGAUGGAGUUUUAAAAUUUAAAGAAAUUCGAUCUUUUGCGCGAAUGGUGCGAAAACUUAUAAAACCUAGAAGUUGUGCUAAACGUUUUUUAAAAUAUUGUGACAGUAGCGGUAAUAAGAAAAUAGAAAAAAGUGAAUGGACACUUUGUCUCGGUGUGGAAUUCAAAUUCUCAUUCCAAUUGUUCGUAUCUCUGAACUCAGAUGGACAACCAGAAGAUUCAGCAUUAGAUAAUGGCAGAAGUGAAGGUAGAAUGGUUGAUGCACUGCGUCGAUCAUGGAAGACAUCACUGCCUUCGCCAUCUUUAAGCCAUACAGCGACACCUAGAAAGGAGGACGUGUUUCCCAGGAAUGGCUUAUCUCCUUUUCUCACGUCCAACAACAAUCUCGAAUCUCGAAGUUGCUUAGAGGAACAGAGGGCAGCUCGACUAAGUCAUCGAGAAGAACCACAGGCAAAUAUCUACAUCCCUCGGUGUACGGAUAAUGGUAAAUGGGCUAAAGCGCAGUGCCAUGAAGCUACACAAUAUUGUUGGUGCGUUGAGGAAGAGAAAGGCACGCCUAUUCCAGGUACCUCAACAUUUAAGCAAGAACCAAACUGUACCAUGCAAAAGGAACGAGAUAUGAAAGGUUGUCCUUUCCAAAUAAAAAGAAAGUUUUUAAUGGAUCUAAUGUCGGAUUUAUCCGAGGAAAUGGCUAGCAUUAGUGGCAAUAAUAAUGUUAAUACUGUUCCUAAUGAUACCAGUAUACCAAUGAGUCAAAGGAUAGCCCAAUGGAAGGCUUCAAGAGUAAAAGUAGCCGAAUGGAAAUUAUUGUCGUUAGAUACAAAUAAAAAUAAGGUGUUAGAAAGAAAAGAAUGGAAAAAAUUCAGAAAAUCGAAUUUAAAAGCUAAAAAAUAUCCCAGAAAAUGUCGGCGUAAUUUUUUGAGAUUUUGUGAUAUGGAUAAGAAUAAACAAGUAACAAUGACAGAAUGGAAAGAAUGUAUGGGUUUAAAUCAAAACUAUUACAACAGUUUACCAUCUAAUCCUCAUAGGACCGGUAAAAAUCCUUUUAGUAAGUAUCUUCAUGACUGAACCAAUCAGAGUCCCCAUAGGAAAACAGGUGCCGGAUAGCCUAAUUUGGGUCGGAGGUCAUAUAUCUUACUGUAUAGGAAGGAACCAAAGCUUUAAACCUAAAUGCAAUGGACGUCAUUGUAUCUGUGUUGUGCCAAAGAUAAAUUUAAACAUUAGUUCGUGGUGUUCUGUGUGCUUGUUUAUUUGUUUAUUUGUGUCAGUCUGUAAAUAAGAAAAAGAAGAAUAUAAUCAUAAUUAUAAAACACAUCUUGCAUGAAAUCUUGUGAGAGUUGACUCCCUUCUUUACACGAUUUUUGUUAACCAUGAUUAUAUAAUUAAUUGGUGUUUCAAGAAAACGUUUAAUCGUUUUCCAUAAUUGCAUAUUUUAUUCUCAUUCAUAUAUAUCGCAUUCACGUUUUUUUUUAUGGUUAGUUUCGAAUCUAUUUUCUACGAAACCAACAGUGGUGGUUUUGGAGGCAAACAUCGUUUUAUUGUGGAAAUAGCGAAACAUGAAUUUUUAAAUUUGAAAUAAAGUAUUAUCCGGCUUAGCUUUUAAGGAUUAUACAGCUGUGAUUACCACUGUGGAUGUGUGUAAGUAAUUCUAUACACUCGUUCGCCUAAAAAAAAUCGGGACGAUUCCCAUUUUUAGGACCACUGUUCUCCAUGUAUAUGGACCACAUUUUAUUGUGUAUAAUAAUUUAAAUAUUGAGUGUCAAUGGAAUGAUGUUUGGACACGUAUGUAUUGCACGCACCUGCACUAUAUAUUAUUCACCUAGCACCCACUUUAUAAACCCUGAACAAAUGGAAUCUCCGAGUAGCUUUAUUUCAAAACGCCCCGGUUAAUUAAAAGUUAAGCUGGAUCUGACUUUAUUUCCUCUCUCUUUUCAGUCGAUCAGUUGAAUUAAGGCUCAGGAGAUUCCAUUUAAUCCGGAAGAUUGUUUUGUUGGAAUGCGCAUGCUCAUGUCCUCGGUGUUAAUGAAAAGAGACUCAACCAUUGGCUGUCAGUACUAGCGUAAGAGCAUUUAAAAUGGCAUAAUUCACUGGCUUCUCUUAUUAUAAAGUUUUAGUUAAAUGUUAAAGAUGCUUUAUGAAGUUAUAGAUCUUAUUAUUAUUAUUGUAUUUUAUUAUUAUGAUAAAUAUGUAUGUAUAUAUUAACCGAUUGUUACACGUCCAUCAAAUGUGAUGUUUAACAACAUUGUAUUAAUCUAACCAUUUGUAAAAAUCCGACUAAUACCAAAUACUGUUUUAAGUACUAAUUAAUUACUCUUACAGAGGCUUUUAUUACACAGGCACAUCUUACUAACCAUAAUAGUAUACUUAAACAUGCAUUAUGCAAGGGGGGGGGGGUGAGGUUGGAUGGCCGAAUGGUUAGCACGCGCGCGCUGUAUCAUAAGGCCUGUUAUUGAGUCAACUGGCGUGGUGUCGAAUUCCCGGUUGUACGUGACAAGGAGUAGGGUCGCCUGUCCAACCUCGUGGGUUUUCUCCGGGUCCUCCGGUUUCCUCCCACUGGUAAAGACCGCUACGCGCAAGCAAAUUAUUGAAAUAAAAUUAAAACCAUAUGUUAGUCCCGAAAUGACCUAGUUUGUGUCGAGUGGACGUUAAACACCAUUUCUCUCUCUGCAUUAUGCAAGAGCUAAAACUGCCUUUUUCAGGUCUUUCUUUAGGCCUUAAAUAUUAUUUAAAUUAUUAAUUAGACAUUAAGUAACUUAUCAAGACCAUAAUCAACUCUCGAUGCCAUGGUUAAGUAGCCUGUGAUAUUUAGUGGAUUUGAAUACGUUUUAUGAUGGAUGAUUAACGUAAAAAUGGAUAACCGAGACUUAUUAUCGUACCAACGGCAGAAAUGACGAUCGAGGCUAGCCUAAAAUUGAAUCGCUAAUAUCGCGGUUCGGAGUGAAGCAAUUUUACUGAAAUUUUCAGCAUAUUCUGUUUUCAAUAUCUAUUUUUAACUAUGAUAACGAGAACUGUCAGCUCUUUAUCUAGUCUUACCUAAUUCCACUUUAAUAUUCUGUUUUAUACAACAGAUACGUGAAAUUGUAAUUGUCACGUCUCAAAGGUUUUGAUAUUUUACAAACUAUUUUGAAGGGCAUUUAUAAAUUUGCAAAGCAUAUUAAAUCAUGUUCUUUGAACACUUGAUUAUUAUAUUUUACAAAUUCAGAACUACAAGAAUGUGCAGAAAAGUUCACGCAUGGGUAUAUCUUUUCGGUGUUUGGUGCAGCACUCACUGUAUAAUAAACACAGCCAAAGCACAUUUCUCCUACCGAUUUAGUCCAUGAUUAUCCCAUAUUUAGAUUCGUUGGUGUACAGUUGGGUGGCAUUUUAAUUAGCCUGGAUGUCAUAUUAUAGUUAUCUGAUAUAUUAAACAGACUACGCCCGCCUCAGUGAUUUUUAAGGAACUAGAUAAUGGUGAUAAAAAAUAUAUAUGUCUGUUGCAUAAUCACGAGAGGUUAAUAUAUUUAAAAUGUGUAAUGUGCAUAAUUGCUUUAUUAGACAAAACACGCCAUUUUCAUGAUUCGUUGACUCGUUUUUUAUACGCCCACAUUUUCAUGUGGACGUAUAUUGUCGUCGCCCCUGUCUGUGUGUCCGGACUUCCCUGUACGCAAAUAGUGUAUCAGUAUAUCAAUGCUGUGGACCCUCUAGAGGUCACUUUUUUUUAUCCGAUUCUGGGGAAACUUAAUAAAUAAAUUUAUAUCACAAAGAUCUUGGUUCCCUUUAAUAUUAGCGCAUAUCGAAUCAUAACUUCCUGGAUUAUGGCCCCUGAUUGUAAGAAAAAUCGCAUUUUGAGCUUAUGGACCAUCUAGAGCUCACAGUUUGGAUUUGAUUUUAAAAACCGUUCAACUAUAUCACCGUUACACCAUAAUUACGGUGGAGUUCUAAUUUUGUGAAAAUCGGACGGAGACUGAUAAAAUGGCCCGCUUCCCUUUACACAAAUAGUAGAGUUCACAAUUUUUAUCCGAUUUUGAUGAAACCUAAAAUAUAUGUUUAGAUCUAAAAAAAACAACCUCUGUUCCGUUCCAUAUUGAGGCAUGUCGGACCGUAACCUCCUGUAUUUUUAGCUUGUUCUCGGUCCACGUCUUGCAAAAUGUGGACGUAUCUUGCAUGGCAACCGCUUGUUCGUACUUUACAUAUUGUUUUUUUUUAACCGAGAAAGUCUCAGAUUUUGUAGUCCCUAAGAGUCAAACGGUCAGGCAUUAUGAAAUAUAAUUUUUAUCUUUACCAUUAUCUUGCUUAAUUAGCCACUGUAUUUAUUCUCGUGUGAUUUAGAAAGAAAUAUAUGACUUCCACUGUUCUGCUACUGCGCAAUAUUUUCAUUUCCUAUGUUUUUAUAGCGUUAUAUAUCAUACAUAUAGUUAAUGUGUGAGUGUACCAAACUCGGAAUCCUUCUUUUUAGUGUUCCAUUUUUAAACGUUGUGUGUACUUUUCCCAGUUAGUCCCAUUUUUCUAGUAACUUUAUGAUUAAAAUAAUAAUAUUAUUAUAUAUCAUGUAUAUUGUUGUCUUUAUUUUAUAUAGAAGAUUUUUUUGGUCGUUAAUAUAUAAUUUUAGCUUAAACCGUGUUCAUUAUUUUACGUACAUUAAACAUUUAUCUUCCGUCAAUCAAAUUGACCUUCAUGCUCUUUUAAAACUCUUCCGUAAAAGAGGUUAUCUCCCCUUUUCCAAAACAAAUUCAUAGCGGUCAAAACUAUUCACAAGUGAAAAGGAAGGGAAAACCUCAUGGUUGUGUCAGAUAAACUAGUUUGGUUUUAUACAACCAAAUAAAAGAUCCUGACCAUGAACUAAGUGCAUCUGCGAAUGAAAUGAAUUAAGGGGAGGUAACUGUUUUUUACGGAAUUCAAUUAUAAAUUAGUUUAGCCAGUAACUUGAAACUAAGUUUGUAACAACUAAUUUCGUAAUAAACAAAUCCAUUUAA